AUGCACUUCACUGCCAUUACUCUCUUUGCUUUGGUUGCCGCCGUCAUGGCCAACCCCCUUGCUCCCCGCCAGGCAGCCGACGAGAACUCAGUCACUGUCGAGACUCCUGCCAUGACCGACGGCAAGGGCAACAUCGUUCCUUUCAACGCCGACACCGUCAGCCAGCCCAACCUCUCCGCCGGUCUCUAA